UGAACAAAAUUCCAAAUAUACUCCAUACAAAUCAUUCAGGAACAUGUGGCGGUUGCUCCUUGCUGGAUUCUGCACGAUAUUAGGGACACUAGCGCAGGACUAUGAGGUAUCGAAUAUCCAAUGCAGCGCAUCAACAGCGAUCACCGAUCUUCUGACAGCGAAAAUAAAACGCCCGAUCGGGUUCAAAGGCUCGCCUUUAUUCGCGGAUGACAGAGCAGCCGAUCCAUUGACCGAUAUUCAUUGUCAAAUACGUCCGGAGCCAUCAGAUCCUCAAGAGGACCAUUAUUUCCUCAAAGUUACCGAUUUCGCGCGCUGCGGAGUUCUCAAAAGAAACGGAUUUAUUCACCUGAGGAUAUGGUUCCCAGCGUUUCCUGGAGUCGUGAUGCUUGCUGAUCAGGAAUUGAUCCUCAUGUGCAGACCUCCAGAGCCCACUUUGUUAAGGCACAAAGCUGCUGGUUUCGCUGGAACUUUUCCCCACGGCGCUCGUGUCUCAGGAGUAGUUGAAGAAACCCCAGGUAGACUCGAGUACGAAGUUGCAUUGUACAGAGAGGCAACCGGAAAUAGCACAGAGAAUGCCCUAGGAUCGGAGGCUGUGGACCAAGCUGUUCCCAUUGGCACGAAGCUGCAAUUACGUGCGCGAAUAAGUCCCGAGAGUGCUUGGGGGUACAUUAAACUGCUUGAAGUCACUGUUAGUCCUGAUCCUGACCAGCCACAUGCACCUGGAAGUGUUGUACUCGUUAAGGAGGGCUGUAGAAACCGAGAUUUUGCCUCGAUUAUUCCACACCAACCCGCGAGGUAUCGAGAGAGAAAAAAUGAAGUUUUUCUUGACUUCGAGGCUUUUUUACUGAGUUCCAUGAGGGAGAGGUCAACGCUCUGGAUCCAUUCCCAGAUCAAAGCCUGCAUGGAACCGCAUGACUGCCAGCCAGACUUCUGUCUGGAUCUGUUUGAACCUUCUGGUCAUGGUAGGAGGAGAAGAGCUGCUGGGAUCAUCGAGGAGACCAACGAAAAUGGAAUACCGAAGGUGGAGAGCUCCUUGAAGACGUACAAUGAUACGACGCAAUUCACGAAGAUCAAAGAGAAUAUUGAGUACACCGUGAUGAUGCCAGGUGAUCUCUACGAUAAAGUGGCAAUGGGUUUCGAGGGCAGUUGUGGAAAUUUUCUGUACAUUGCCACUGGCCUUGGAAUACUUCUCGUGGUCUCAGCCUUUAUCAUGUGUUAUCUGGCCACACGUCUCCAUAGUCUGGCAUCAAGUGUUCCCCAAAAUAAAACAAUCGAUGAUCUGGUGAGAGACAGGGCGAGGAAAUACUGUGAACCAGCACCUGGAUACACAGGUCGAUCAACGGUGCAAUAAUCCUCGGUAUUUAAUCCCUAGAGAAUAUUCCUUCUUCCCCUGAAGAGCAGUCGGGCAAAAAGGUGUUUUUUUUUUUCAAAUUGCCCAAUGGAGUAAAAUUUUUCCCACUUCCUUCUGCUUCAUUUCCCAUCGUUCACAAGUCAGAGUAGGAUUAAUUUUUAUCACCAAAUGAUUUUAUUUCCACAUCUCAAUGAGAGCAAUGCUAUGACGCGACCUGAAGGGGAUUACUGAGCGAUAAAUUCGUUCUUUCGUUCAUUAUUUAUACUUUCCUUCAUUCCAGAAAGCUAAGGAAACUCUAAAAUUAGGAUGGGGCUGGUUGAAGGUCAAUAUCUUACUUUGUAAAUAUCACUUUUCGUAUUUAUUGUUUGCACACGAACAGAAAAAAUGGAAAUUCGCGGACAUUCCUAUAAAAUCGUUUUAUCGAGACAAAAGUGGCUCUACCCUUGCAAUAAAUUAGAAGAUUAUUAAAAGCUGCGAAGAAAUUCAAGGUCGAUUACAUUUGGAAUUGUAUUUUUUUGUAUUAACCGCCGGUUCGUAGAUAAAUUAAUAAUUUAUUUAUAGGAAAAAGAAGUUUAAAGAACUAUUAAUAGUUGGAAAAUUUAGUUUGCAUCAGACUGGGGAUUCUCUCCAAUUUCUAUCGUACAAUUUAGUUGGAAAAUUCACAGGCUAAGGAUAGAGCGACUUUGAGAGGAUAAUUGCACGUUUUGAUGAUUUUCCUGUGGUGUGCAAUCAGGAAAUUUUAUCGACGGUUUUCACGGUCAAGCAUUCGUGUCUGGAGGCCAUUAAGAUACUCUAGAAUGUUUCACGCACGUGAGAAUUGUCGAAGGUUGAUUAUAUUAAAUGUAAGUGACAGUGUAAUGUACCAAAUAGAAGUAUUACUUAAUCUCUACAAUACGAAACUCGUUGAACUUUCGCAGAAUCGUACAAAGAGUUCAAGUGCACAGUUAAAAUUUUUAUUUCACAUAAUCAAUAUUGAUUUCCCAAGUAUUUAAUGAAUAAUUUAUUAUUUAUUGACCAAUUCAGUAGAACAGUAUUGAGUAAAGUUGUGACUAAUAAAACGCUUUGUUUUCUUUGGUACUUGUUAAUCUCAUAAAAAUGAAUUUUCACAGAUUUGAAAAGAAUAUCUCUCAAGUUUGUCCAUUGAAUUUAUUCAUUAAUUUAUGUAAUACAAUUAUUAAGUCUUGUUUGGGUCAAUUUUUAUUUGAUUACUCGAAAGAAACGUUGCAGAUCGAAUUUCAUUGUCAAUAAAUAAGGAAAAAAAAUUUCCUAGUAAUC